AUGAACAUCUUGAUUGUGCUAGCCUCUGUUCUUGUUUCCUGUAAUGCGGGUUACGAUUCAAUAAGAACUCGCAAUUACGACGAUGUGGAAGAUGGCGGAGUAUAUACAGUAGGAUUAGGAAGAGUGGGAGGACAAGUACACGGAGGCGGAGGAGGAGGACAAGUACAUGGAGGCGGAGUUGGAGGACGAGUUCACGGAGGAGGAGUAGGAGGACGAGUACACGGAGGCGGAGGAGGAGGACAAGUACAUGGAGGCGGAGGAGGAGGACAAGUACACGGAGGCGGAGUAGGAGGACGAGUACACGGAGGCGGAGGAGGAGGACAAGUCCAUGGAGGCGGAGGAGGAGGACGAGUACACGGAGGCGGAGGAGGAGGACGAGUACACGGAGGCGGAGGAGGAGGACGAGUACACGGAGGCGGAGGAGGAAGACAAGUACAUGGAGGAGGAGGAGGAGGACAAGUACAUGGAGGCGGAGUAGGAGGACGAGUACAUGGAGGCGGAGGACGAGGACAAGUACAUGAUGGAGGAGGAGAGGGAGGAGGAGGACGAGUACACGGAGGCGGAGGAGGAGGACAAGUACAUGGAGGAGGAGGACAAGUACACGGAGGAGGAGUAGGAGGACAAGUACAUGGAGGAGGAGUAGGAGGACAAGUAUACGGAGGCGGAGUAGGAAGACAAGUACAUGGAGGAGGAGGAGGAGGAAGACAAGUACACGGAGGAGGUGUUGGAGUAAGGCCUCAAGUACACGGAGGAGGAGUAAGGGGACAAGUACAUGGAGGAGGAGUAGGAGGACAAGUAUACAGAGGAGGAGGAGGAAGACAUGUACAUGGAGGGGGACUAAGCGGAGGACAAGUACUAGGAGGAGGAGUAGAAGGAGUAGGAGAGGUAGGAAGUUUAGGAGGAGGAGGAAGCUAUGGUUUAAGAGGAGUUGGAGAACAAGGAGGGGCCCAAUUACAUGGAGGAGGAAGAGUAGGAGUUGGUUCAAGAGGAAGAGUAGGAGAAUAUUUCUUUCCAGGGCCAAAAUAUGGUACUUGUCCUCGGCCUGAUGAAUCAGACUUUCUACAAAUGGGACCUACUUGCGAUUCUGACUGGAUAUGUCACGGGUCACAGAAAUGUUGUUCAAAUUCCCUCUAUGGACGGAGAUGUCAAAUUCCAAUUGAAUAUCAAAAACCCGGUAGAUGCAAUUCAUAUCUCAUGAUGCGUCCUCUCACAUCAAUAAAUUAUGCAUGCAAUGAUGACACCCUUUGUCCUGGAAGCGGGAAAUGCUGUAAAAGAUUUUCAUCUGGUCAACUUGAUACUUGUACUUUCUACAGCGGGUAUUCUGCUGACUUCGGUGGUGUAGAUGGUUCGUAUGGUCCUGUAGGCGGUUCGAAUGGUCCUGUAGGCGGUUCAUAUGGUAUUGUAGGCGAUUCAGGUGUAGUUAGUCCUCUACUUCCAGUACUUCCUCAAUACCCCUUCAGGAAAAAGUAUUGA